CAGUUUCAGCAGCACCUUCCUGCGACUGUGCGAUACAACGUUGGGCUAGCCUAGGUUACCCUGGGCCUAAUUGGCAUUUAUGAGCCAUCAGUAUACGUUAGUUUGAAAUAAGUAUGCCCAAGGGAAAGGGUGCUGGAGGAGGGAAGGGUGGCGCGAAAAGUGGAAAAGGCAAAGGUGGCGACGAUAGUGGGGAUGCCCAAGCAAAAGAAAAGAAAGGAGGAACCAGCCAAGUUAAGGUGAGACACAUUUUGUGUGAAAAACAUGGAAAGUGCAUGGAGGCAAUGCAGAAAUUAAAAGAUGGCAUGAAAUUCAAUGAGGUAGCAACACAGUACAGUGAAGACAAAGCAAGACAAGGGGGUGAUCUUGGAUGGAUGACACGAGGCUCGAUGGUAGGGCCAUUUCAAGAUGCAGCAUUUGCCCUUCAACCAAGUACAACCAACAGUCCUAUUUACACAGAUCCACCUGUUAAGACUAAAUUUGGAUAUCAUAUUAUUAUGAUAGAAGGGAAGAAAUAAACAACCAAAUACACAAACUAUGUUUCCAAUUAUUUUAUUGGUUUCAUAGUAGUUCUUAAAAAGUAUUCCUUCAUAGAUGAAGAACCAACCUGGUCAGAAAGAGAUUCAGAUUCCUCCAUGGAUACAGACUUUGUCAUGCACCACUAGUCGUGGAUCCAGGAAUUUGAAAUAGAAAGUGAUUUUCAAAGAUGGAGAAUGUAAGCUACCUCGCCCCACAUGGUUGAAAUUUAUGAUUAGGCACAUCUAGAUGGCAUCAUGUAGAUGGCAUCAUCUAGAUGGCACAUCUAGAUGGCGGGAAAUGGCACUAUCAAGACUAACAUUUUUUUUUAUAUAGUUUAUGAAAAUUUAGCUUGAAUCCCUCACUGACGUUUACUCUUUCUAAAUUAAUCUUUUUAAACAUUUUUUUAAUGAAUACAAGAAAAUGGCCUAGUAUGCUAUUUCUUAUGUACUGUAAUUAUAUUAUACAUUUUAAAAAUGUGUUUAAUAAUAAUAAUAAUAAUAAGCAAAAAAAAACAACAAAAGAAUAGAGCACAAUGGGGGGGUGAUUUCAACCCUGAAACACAAGCAUGUGCAUGGCAGUACUAUACCAACACUAUACCAGACCAAACCACAUCAAAGCAUCUAAUAUGACUCAUAUCAUUUGGAGUCUUGGACUCUGAAAGAGCAAAAUGGCUCAUGCAUUGGGGUAACUACUGUAGAUUCGAAUUCAUCAUUGAUACUACAUAUUUUUCAUGUUUGCUUCUCUGGAUGAAUAAAGUGAACAGAAAAAAGUGUGAUAUAAAUAAAAGCUAAAGUGAAAAAAGUAA